GGUAUUAUGAUCGCAUGCCACGAUGAUGAGACCUCUAUUGAAGACCUUAUCACCUUGACCGACGUCAAAUCAUUUGCGCAGUUCGGUAACGACCCGGCAUCCGGCAACAGCAUUGUGAAUUUUCGGUUCGAUCUACCUAUCGAUGCCCCAAAAGUACUAGGCGGCAUCAGAUAUCUCCCACAGUCAGGGCUGAUUACAGGCUCUGCCUGUGAAACUCCAAGUCCAGGGUAUUUCAACAACCAAAGGACGGCCAAGGCAUUCUGUGAGAUGGCAUACUGGCUAGAAGCAGAAUUCCGACUCAAGGAACGGCAGGUUGGUUGCCUCACUAGGCCCGUCGAGGUCGCUGAUUUUUAUCAACAUCUCCACAUCUCGAUCCAGCGGCCCUUUCACUUCUCUCACAAGGUGACUACUGGAUAUUUUUCGAAGUGUUGCCAUGAGACGGCGAUCAACUACUCCUUGAUACUUGGACAAUUGGAGCCAUGCCGAACGGUCCACGAUGAAGAGACCAAUGGAAUUCGAUAUGUGUCACUCCCAAUGACUCUUGCCAUGAAUACCCCGAGCAUGGCUGACUGCUUCUUGCCCUGGGACACCAGACAAUCCUUGAAAUGUUACAUCAGUUGCAGGUGGGAAAUGAAGACCUCCUUUUCCACGACCAAGGAUACCAAGCUCGACAGUGGGAAGCUCAUCUUCGAGUCAAUCAAGACAACACCAACUGAGCAUUGUUGUGUCUACUUCCGGCCUACCACAAACUCCGGCUUAUCUCACAAUUACGCCGCCAUCUCUCAGAUUGAUCUCACUGUACCUAAAUUCAUCAAGGAGCCCACCAGUCGAUGGGGGCUAUUGUCAAGGCAAUAUAGUUUACAAAUUUCCCUCGCCUUU